AUGAAUAACAACACAGGGAUUGAGUCUGCUGUUUCUCAGUUACCUGAGUCUCAGGGGGAUCAGUUCCGUUGUGAAGCUAGUAUUUUACUAAAGAAAAUUCCUACUCCUAAACCUAAUCUUAGUAAAGAGGAAACCAAAGCAGUAUCAGUCCUUGGGAAAGACGGUACUGUAAAGAUUUUGCCCGCGGAUAAAGGGAAUGCCACGGUAGUUCUUGAUACUGUGACAUACGAAGAAAAAAUGUUAGAAACUUUGCAAUCUGGCCAUUACACCCAAUUGAAAAAAGACCCCACAGAAACUUUCGAGCGUAAAAUCGCUAGUACUCUAAGAAAACACAAAAAGUUUUUUAGCGACAAACAAAGGACUCGGUUGACACCACACCAUUCCAAAAUUCCACACAUGUACGGGUUACCUAAGAUCCACAAACCUAACGUUCCUCUGAGACCAAUAGUUAGCUCCCGUGAUUCUGCUUGUAGGGAAUUGUCUAAAGUCCUUCUGGACAUUUUAAAGCCUUUAGUAGGAAACACUGAUUCGUUUAUCAAAAACUCCAAAGAUUUUGUAGAAAAGUCUAAAUCUAUCGUACUGGCUGAUACUGACAAGCUGGUCAGCUUCGAUGUUGAAAAGGGUAAAUUAUACCGUCAAGAUGAGGGUAUGGCCAUGGGGUCACCAUUGUCACCUAUCUUUGCCAACAUCUUUAUGGAGGAGUUUGAGCAAAAAGCUUUGGCUUCAGCUCGGCUCAAACCGAGGAUAUGCACCAAGAAAAAGGAUUUGAUGUACCUACUUAAAGCGGGUGUAAUUCCAGAAGCAUUCACGCAUUUUGUCACUGAAAUCCCUAGUUCCGCAUCGGCAAGAGAUAUUGUACUUUACGUCAUAGAGGAAGAAGAAGGAAACAAGUCUCUCACUGAAGUUACCAAAAAGAAAGAAGGAAGACGCAGUAGAAGAGAUGUUAUAGGGCAAGAAACCAGAAAAAGAAGUAAUGUAAAGAGAGUUUAA